UCACAUCCGAGCCAAAAGAGGCGAGCUUAGGCACAAGUCACAACAGUGCCACGGAACUAACUCCUACAACUCCCAGAUCCAUCGUCCACUCUCUCUCUCUCGGUACACUACAAAAUGAAAAUACACAAAUCCACCCUUAGCUCCCCUUAGGAGACUCUUUUUAGGUCCCCUCACUCACUCAUCUUCAACAAAAGAGACAAAAACAGCACACAACAAAAUCUUAAAAUGAAAGCACACAUCUAAAAGCAAAAAGCAGUUAAACAAAGACAAAACCUUCAGUUUCUCUGUGUUAUGGUGCAAAAGGGCAUAAUCGUCAUUCCAUUAUCUCUCUUUUAAUUCAAUCGGCACCGGUGGAGUUUUAAUCGCCGGCUGCCGUUAAAAUGCCGUUAAAGAAAGUUAAAAAAAUAACCGGCUGAAAUAUCAAAGAUAUUUUCAGUUAUCACAGUUUUUACUGAUUAGAAAUCUGUUAAAGAGUUUAUAGUUAAAUGAAAGCUCUAAGACGAAGUCAGACGUCGUCAUCAUCAAAUUCACCGUCACCGUCUUCAUCUUCACCGUCAUCGUCGGCGGUGACGUCAUCAUCAUCGUCAUCUUCGUGGAUACAUUUGAGAUCAGUUUUAUUUGUUGUUGCUUCUUCCUCACCAGCUUACUGUUCUUCAUCUGAUGGAAGAUGUAUGAAUAGGCGCGCAUCUACUUAUUGCAAACCACACCAGUCAAAGAUAAUACCUAUGCAGAAGCCUAUCGAGAGAGGUCAUCUCAAAUCACCAUGGUCUCGUAGAAAGAGAAAACAUGUCCUUGCACCCCUGCGGUGGAGAAGUUUUUUUACCCCUGAUGGAAAGCUUCGUAAUGGAGGAGUUAAAUUUCUAAAGAAAGUUCGAAGCGGGGGAGUUGAUCCUAGCAUCAGGGCAGAGGUUUGGCCUUUUCUCCUCGGAGUCUAUGAAUUGGAGAGUUCCAAAAAAGAAAGAGAUGCUAUAAGAAAAAGGAACAGAAAGGAAUAUGAGAGACUGCGGAGGAAGUGCUGCCAACUACUGAGAUGCAGUGAAACCUUUAAAAUGAGAGUGGCGGGUGGAAUUGGAAGCAAUGGAGACAGUGGAAAUCUCAUGGAAGGGAUGGAUUUCCCCGAUUAUGAAGAUGUUGUCAGUGCCCUGGAAUCCCUCUCUAGUGGGGAGAGGAGCCCAUUUGUUGAGGAUUCAGAGAAUCAGGCGGGUGUAAUGUUUGAUGAAUUUUCCAGUUCCAAACGAGCCAUGGAGCCACAUGAUGUCUCUGACUCUGAGUCGUCAGAUUCUGAUUCCUCUGCAGAUCAUGAUGCCAGUCACACUUUCCUCUCUGUAAGAAGCGUGUAUGAGAAUACAACCGAAGUGCAUUCUAAGGACUCUUCUCCUUCAAAGACUGUCCAGCCAGAGCCCUGCAAUGCAGAAGAUUUUGCUACAUGGCAACGAAUAAUCAGGGUUGACGCAGUUCGUGCUAAUGAAGAAUGGAUAGCAUAUUCCACACCCCAGGCUGGAGUAGUAUCAGAUGGCCAGGCACGCUGUUCUGCGCAGGCCGUUGGAUUGAAGGACUAUGAUCACCUAGAGCCCUCAAGGAUCUUCCAUGCUGCUCGGUUAGUUGCCAUCCUUGAAGCCUAUGCGCUUUAUGACCCUGAAAUUGGUUAUUGCCAGGGAAUGAGUGAUUUGCUUUCACCAAUAAUUACUGUGAUGACAGAGGACCAUGAAGCUUUUUGGUGCUUCGUUGGUUUCAUGAGGAAGGCUCGACAUAACUUCAGGCUUGAUGAGGUUGGAAUUAGGAGGCAACUAAAAAUUAUUUCUAAGAUUAUCAAACAUAAGGAUUCACAUCUCUAUAGACACUUAGAGAAGCUCCAAGCAGAGGAUUGCUUUUUUGUGUACAGGAUGGUGGUAGUGCUCUUCAGGAGGGAAUUAACUUUUGAGCAAACACUCUGCCUAUGGGAGGUAAUGUGGGCAGAUCAGGCAGCUAUUAGGGCUGGGAUUGGGAAGUCUGCAUGGAGUAGGAUUAGGCAGCGUGCCCCACCAACAGAUGAUCUUUUGCUUUAUGCAAUUGCAGCAUCUGUAUUACAGAGGAGGAAACAAAUCACUGAGAAGUAUAGUAGCAUGGAUGAAAUUUUAAAGGAGUGCAAUAACAUGGCUGGUCAUCUUGAUGUAUGGAAGCUACUAGAUGAUGCCCAUGAUUUGGUGGUCACUCUUCAUGACAAGAUAUAGAGACCUGUCAUAUAGUGCCUUCCGAGAUCUUAUACCACUAAUUUAUUCUCUUUGCUAAAUUCAGCAUUAGUGAGUGGGUGCUCUUCAAGUUUUCACGUGUUUGUGGUGAGAAAGAACUUUCUACCUGACAAGUGACAACACUGCUGCUGCUUCUGCUGCUUUUUUGGGUCGGAGAUUGGGGACAUCUAUAACUCGCAACUCUGCCGAGUACGGGCACUGCUAUUUGCUCCAUUUCAGUUUAGCAAUUAUAAGAAUGCCUGUGUUCCAGACUGGUCUCCCAUGCUCAAUAUAAUAUCAUUUAAGUUCUGAUUUUUAAUGCUUAUAGAGUUAUAGUUAUAGGGUCUUUUGAAUAGUAGGAAACUUAUUGAAAGUCGAGAUCUUUUGCCCAUAGCCCAACUUCCUUAGGAUCAAGGAGGGGUGUGGGCUGGGAGUAGUGUGGGCAAUUAAAGUAUCCGAUGUUGGCCAUGAGAGCCUUAGAAUUGUGUAUUUACACUGUUUCGUGAUACUUUUAGCAGUUGGGAUGUGGAAUGGUUGGUUUUUGUUUU